UGCAGUGGUAGUAAACAACAAGAUCUUGUCUUCUUCUUUGUUGACGAGUCCCUGGGGUUUCUGCUUCCGCAAAAUGACCACCGCCAUGAAAGCCGGCUCAUUCCAGAUCAGUAGCAUCUAUUACGCAACCUCCACAAUAGUGAAGGCAGCAUUUUUCCAUUCAACUUCUGUUUCUAAUCGAAAAAGGCGCACCUCUUGGGGUUUUAGGUCUAAGAAUUAUACAAAAAGACUCGGGAAAAUGCAUGCAGAGGAGACGUUAUUACGGAAUGCCAGUGCUUUUGCAGAGUGCCUAUUCCAGAGUUGGCGAGAUGAUGAUGAUAGCCAACCAUCUUCCAGUGAAGGCAACUCGUGGUUCAAAAGAUACUGGCCUAAAGAACCUAAGAAGAACUCAACUGGUUCUCAGGGAUCUCGAUGGGAAACUUAUAGGGGUAGAAGAGGAGUCUUUCAAUUCUGCGACGUUAGCGAUAAAGAAGUCGAGACCAAAUUUCGAUCUGCUUUUCACAGUAGGAGCUUUCAGAAUACGAGAUACAGAUUUGAAGAUGACUAUGAAACCUAUGAAGAUUUCAAUGAUAGUUCCAACUCUUCUGCUUCUGAUUUAGCAUCCGACCGGCUAGCCCUUGGGUUGAGUGCAUCUGGUCCCCUAAAACUCGAAGAUGUCAAAAACGCAUAUAGAUCGUGUGCCCUUAGGUGGCAUCCAGAUCGUCAUCAAUGUUGUUCAAAGGAUCUUGCAGAGGAAAAGUUUAAGCUCUGUAGUGCGGCAUACCAAUCUUUAUGUGAUAAAUUGAAUUAGAGAUGAUACAAUUCCUAAUCCUAUCAACUAAGCACGAGUGCCUCCUUAAAUGAAUAGGCCUCUUGUUCGUGACCUACCGCACCAACCAUAUACUUAAGUGACGCGGCAUAAAAUUGUUCUUGGCGGUUGUAAUCUUCUAAGGUCAUGCAUGGGGUAGCAAUUCAGUCGAAGGAGAAAGUGCCAUCUUCCAUCCCAUGCCAGUGAAGGCCAUUUUCAACAUCUGAAUAUAAGAAAAUCAGGUAUUUGAUUUUUUUGUAAGAGUAUUCGGCACUGUUAAUCUAGAUUCACUGGUUGUCUGGUUCUAGUGGGAACUGGUGGACCACCCUUGCAAAUUGAUCUGCCUUUUCGAAGUACAAGUUUUAGCCUCAAACUCAUGUGCUACCUUGAAUUUUGAGAAGUAAUUACCCAAAACCUUGACUUUCCAAGUUGCUAACGGAACCUUGAUGCCCAGAUAAUAUCUCAUCAAUUUUCGAUGUUUGCUUGUGUACAUGUCUGCCAUUGUAUCUUGACGUGGCUGCUAAAUUAGAUUUGUGUGUGCAAUUUUCUGCUUAGGAGGAUCAGUCAUUCAUUCAGAACAAGUCAUGCAGAAGAAUUCUUUUUUUUUUUUUUGCUAACUAUGCAGAAGAAUUCAUUCUGUUCUUGGUAACCAAAAUUUUGACUCUGGCAAAUCCCAAAAUUUUGAUGCUGUACUGCUUUCAAGUCUGUGUAUUAUAUAUGGAUCCGGACGUUUCUU